UUUGGUUCUUGGGGGUCUAAAAUCGGAACCGAACUGUUUCAAAUUUUUGGAGCUGUAAUUGUGAGAAUUGGAACUGAAGUUCCGGUUCGGAUCGAUUUUUCAGUUUCACUGUUUUUUUGUGCACCCCUGGUACAAACAUGGUGUCAAUUAGUUCCUGAAAUUGCUAGGGGAGCAUGGCUGAUUUUGGUCUCAUCUGACAAGCUGUAAUCAGCCAUUCUGGACAUAUGAUAGGUCCUUUUUUUUUCUGUCUUCUUUUAAGGGAUCCAUGGCUAGGUUCGUGCAUGGGAAUCUCCAAUGGACCCAUGAUUGUUGUGGUCCUUCCCUUUGCAUUUGUUUAUGUUCCUCUUGAGAUCGAUCACAAACACUCUCUCACAUCAAGCCACCGCUAGACUCAUAUCAUAUAUACAAAGAGUCCUUUCUUCAUCCCCUCGCUACAAACCUCAAGGCAUUGGACAUGGCAAGUAGUGAUUUAAAGCUUCUGGGGACCCUGCAAUGCCCAUACGUGUGCCGGGCUCGAGUCGCUCUCAAUCUGAAGUCUGUCAACUAUGAGUUACUUGUAGAGAACUUGGGUUCCAAAAGUGAGCUGCUUCUUCAAUCAAACCCCGUGCAGAAGAAAGUUCCGGUUCUUAUCCAUGGUGACAAAAUCAUAUGUGAAUCUCUCAUAAUUGUGAGAUACAUCGACCAGGUAUGGACCUCAGGUCCUUCCAUCCUGCCUUCUGAUGCCUAUGAUCAUGCCAUUGCUUGCUUUUGGGCGGCCUAUAUUGACCAGAAGUUGGUUCCACCAUUGAUGGUGAUUGGGAUGACACAAGAAGAGGAGAAAAGGGCCACGGCAAUAGAGGAAGUCGUUGCGGCAUUGGCGGUGCUGGAGGAGACAUUCGUCAAGUGCAGCAAAGGGAAGCCUUUCUUUGGCGGAGAUAGUAUCGGGUACCUUGACAUAGCAUUUGGGAGCUUCUUGGUGUGGCUGAAGGUGGCGGCGGAGGUGGGCGGCAAACAGCUUCUUGACGAGACCAAAACGCCGUGUCUGGUGGCAUGGGCUGAGAGGUUCUGCUCAGAUGAUACAGUGAAAGAUAUUAUUCCAGACAUUGAGAAGCUCAUUGAGCAAACCAGAGCAAAAUUAGCUUCUACUAAUUCCAAUUAAAAAUUCCCUAUAAUCUAGCAAUCACUUGGACUAGGUGAUACAUAAUAAGUUGGUCAACCUGUGAAAAUGAUGCUCAAUGUAAAUCAUGUAAUUUUAUUUUUAUUAUUAUUAAAUAUGAUGCUGUAUUGUAAUAUACUAUGAUAAAUAUGAUGUUCUCGUAAUUAUAUUCGGUAAA